AUGGAUAUACUUCAUGUUAAUCCAUACUCAACAUUCUUUCGAAUUCUUGGGGAUCUGCCCAAUUUGGAAAAUCACAAAAUUCAUAUUAGAUCAGAUGUGGGUUUGGAUCAACGUGUUUUUAACGCACCGUCAGCUUCCCAAGUAGCAGUUAUCUGGAUUGAAGAUGAUGAUUCAGAACAAUUGAGAGGACGAAAUAUUGUGGUAUUCAAUCAUGCAGUGCUGAAAAAGAUUAGAAAAGAACCUGUUGUGUCAUGCCGCGAGUACUAUUGUUACAAGCUUCAAAUUAGGAAAAAUAUAAGAUCUAUUUUGUUAUUCUCGGGCCGUUUACUGCAGCAAUUUGUUGUUGAUAUGUACGUGAAAAUUGAGACGUCAAGAUUGGAUUAUUUCCGAAAUAAGCAACAAGAGAUUCGAUCUGAGGUGUAUCAAGGAAUAGUUGACAGUAUUUCAAUUGGACAAAACAAUGCUUCUAAAGUUGGUAAACGCAUUAUUCUGCCUUCUUCUUUUAUUGGAGGUCCAAGAGAUAUGCGCAAAAGAUACAUGGAAGCAAUGGCUUUAGUCCAACGUUUCGGAAAACCUGACAUAUUUUUAACUAUGACGUGCAACCCAAGUUGGAAAGAAAUCUUGGAUGAGUUGGAACCACAAGAAGAAGCACAAAAUCGUCCUGAUUUAAUUGCACGUAUCUUUAGAGCAAAAUUAGAAGAAUUGAAGGAUGAAUUAUUCAAACGGGAGGUGUUUGGAAAAGUUUCAGCAUAUGUAUAUGUCAUUGAACAUCAGAAAAGAGGAUUGCCACAUGCACAUUUCUUAAUCAUAUUACAAAGAGAUUGGAAAAUCUAUGCUCCCGAAUCUUUUGAUGAAAUUGUAUCAGCAGAAGUACCUGAUAAAGAUCGAAAUUCGCAUUUGCACAAAACAGUAAUAAAGCAUAUGAUGCAUGGCCCCUGUGGAGUAUUGAAUCCGAUCAAUGUAUGUAUGAAAAAAAAUGGCAGUUGCAAAAAUCACUAUCCAAAAAGCUUUGCAUCAAACACAAUUGUUGGAAUCGAUUGUUUCCCACAGUACAAACGUCGUGAUAAUGGAAUAACUGUCAAAGUCAGAGGUAAAGAUUUAGAUAACCGUUGGGUUGUUCCACAUAAUCCAUACCUCCUUGCAAAAUUCGAUUGUCACAUGAAUGUGGAAAUUUGCUCAACAAUCAAAGCAGUCAAAUACCUCUAUAAGUACAUUUACAAAGGUCAUGAUCGUGUUGCUUUCAAUUUAAUUCCUGGACAAAACAUUCAAGAGAUAGAUGAAAUCCAACAAUUUCAAUCAGCUAGAUGGAUUGCUCCACCAGAGGCUAUGUGGCGAAUAUAUGGCUUUACUCUUAAUGAAAUGUAUCCAUCAGUUUAUAGUUUACAUCUACAUCUUGAAGAUCAACACUUGGUAGCUUUUCAUGCACAUGACGACCUGAACAAUGUUCUAAGAUCUAAUUUCUCGGCAAAAUCAAUGUUGACUGAAUUCUUUUCAACAAAUCAAGCUGAUGAAAAUGCUCGAAAGUUAUUGUACAAAGAGUUUCCUGAGGUUUUUGUUUGGAGCCAACAACAUAAAAUAUGGCCUCCAAGAAAGAAGAAAACUGUUAUAGGUCGUAUUGUCACAGCAAGUCCAUUCGAAGGUGAAAGGUACUACUUACGAAUAUUGUUAAAUCAUAUAAGAGGUCCUUUGUCAUUUGACCACAUCAAAACAAUUGGCAAUGUCACUGCACCAACCUUUCGUGAAGCAGCUACAUUACAUGGUUUGUUAGAAAGAGAUACCAGUUUACAAGACUGUAUGCAAGAGGCUUCCUUGUACCAAAUACCAAACAGUUUAAGACGGUUAUUUGCAACAAUUUUAGUAUAUUGUAAUCCAACAAAUCCUAGAGAACUUUGGGAAUGUUUUGAACAAGAUAUGUCGAGUGAUUUCCAAACAAAUGAUGCAACAUCGGCAGAUAUUAAGACAAAAGUCUUGCGAAGCAUCUCUUCAACUCUUGAAUCGAUGGGAAAAGACAUAAACAGGUUUCAUUUAAUAGACCAAGAUGUUUCUUUGGAUCAGAAUGAAAUUCAAUUUCGAGAAAUAAAUGAUGAAUUUGCAGUUUUGAUACCAGAAGAAGAUCUUAUGGCUUCAAUGACUCUUAAUCCUGAACAACAUCAUGCAUACGAGUCAAUUUUGCAGAAAGUCCUUCUAAAUGAAUCUGCUGCAUUUUUCAUUGACGGUCCUGGUGGAACAGGUAAAACAUUCUUGUAUAAAGCACUCCUCGCUACAGUGAGAUCAAAAAACUUUAUUGCUCUUGCAACUGUAUCAUCUGGUGUUGCAGCAUCUAUUUUACCCGGGGGUCGAACAGCACAUUCUCGCUUCAAAAUUCCAUUAGAUCUUGACAAAAAUAGUACUUGCAGUGUAAGCAAACAAGGCGCUCUUGCAAAAUUGUUACGUCUUGCAAGGUUAAUCAUAUGGGAUGAAGCACCUAUGUCUAGAAAAGAAUGUAUGCAAGCAUUGGAUAAAAUGUUACGAGAUAUAACUGAUUCAAGAUUACCAUUUGGUGGAAAAGUUAUAGUAUUUGGUGGAGAUUUUCGUCAAGUCUUACCUGUGAUUCGUAAAGGCACAAGACAAGAAGAGGUUGAUGCCAGUUUAGCAUCGUCAUAUUUGUGGUCCACUCUAACUAAGAUUAGGUUGAGUGAAAAUAUGCGAGCAAGAUUCGAUCCAAAUUUCUCAAAUUAUUUACUUCAGGUUGGAAAUGGAACAACACCAAUCACAAUUGAGAACAAGACAGAAAUUCCCAAAGAAAUGCUUAUUCCUUACAAAAAUGAUGUGGAGUCCUUAGAUAAUUUGAUCGAUGCGGUCUUCCAAGAUAUUGGCAGUUAUUCAGAAAAUUUAUCCGAAAUGACAAAUCGAGCUAUCUUGACACCAAAGAAUAAUUCGGUCGAUGAGAUAAAUGCAAUGCUCAUUCAAAGAUUUCCUGGUGAAGUUACACAAUAUUAUAGCUUUGACGAAACAAUUGAUACAUCAGAACAAGGCAUCAUGGAGGAUUUCUUAAACACAUUAACACCAAAUGGACUUCCACCCCAUGAAUUGUUACUAAAAAAAAAUUGUCCUAUCAUGUUGCUCAGAAAUGUUAAUCCUUCAGAAGGUUUGUGCAAUGGGACACGUCUUAUUUGCCACAACUUUGAACGAAAUAUCAUUGAUGCUGAAAUUGCAGUUGGUCAUCAUACUGGCAAAAGAGUUUUCAUACCAAGAAUUCCUUUCUUGCCAAAUGCAGAUGAUAAGAGUGCUUUCAACAUGCGGACUGUCCAUACAUCAAUCAAAAAUAUUACUCCAACUACAAGAAAUUGGAGUAUCAAGAUGAUUGUUUCAGACAAAUCUCCCAAACGUACUGCACAACAUUCACCAACAAAAUAUCAAAAUCUGACAUUGAUAGAUCCUGAGGGCAACCGACUGCAAGCAACAAUUUUUGGCAAAGAUAUAGACCUACGUAAUGACACAUUACACAUCUUCCGAUCAUACUACAUUAGCAAUGCCUAUGUUAAACCUUUGGAUGCCAGACAUAAAAUCGAAGCGCACGAAUACCAGUGGAUCUUAAAUUCCAGAACAAUCAUCGAAGACAUUCCAAAUGAUGAAGAGGAAUUACAACCACCAGAAUACAAUAUUAUCCCAUUCACCGAUCUGCAUGACUACAAAAACACUGGAUCUGAAAUAGCUAUUAUGGCGGUCGCAAUACAUAUGAAACCUCCUAGAGAAAUUACCUCAAUACAUGGGCCAACAAAGAUCCAAGAAAUAUACGUUAUUGAUCAAAGCCUAAUGCCUAUAUGGUUGACUAUGUGGGGUCGGUUUGUGGAUGGUGAAUGUCAGACAAUCUCUCAUAUUAUUGAAGCUAAACCAACUCUACUUGCAACACGUUUAAAAGUCGGUUCAUACAAUGGUCUCUCUCUUUCUUCUCAACCGACAAGUGUAUUUACCUUAAAUCCUGUCAUCCCUGGUGCAACUCCAUUAUGCCAAUGCUGUCGCGCCUACAUUGACAUUGACGAUGGCAAUGGACGACUAGGAGCAGUCAUUUUUGGUGAAAUAGCAGAAGAAGCUCUAGGUUGCACAGCAAUUGAACUAAUGGAACACACCAGAGAGGUAACCAACUUUUCACUUAAUAACUAA